AUAAUAAUAAAAAGUCAUGAAAAGAGGUGGGCGGAGGAACUUGAGUGACUGAAUCCAAGCCAGCCUUUUGAUUGACUCACUCACAUCGCUAUUCGCCAACGCCAUUUAGUAGCUAUAUUCAGGAAAUGAGAGAAAGGCAUUCUUUUAACGUUUACGGAUAACUCCCCUUUGUCCGUACCGUCCGAAGAAUGGCAACCCAGAUUGAUAAAGAGGCUUGCAGAGAGGCUUACAAUCAAGUCAGAGACGACAACACGGACACUAACUGGGCCGUGUUUAAGUAUGAAGGCUCCAGGAUCUUGCCAGCUGACCAAGGAAGUGACUAUGGGGAGUUCAAAAAGAUGUGCACAGAUGACGCCCGACUGUUUUGCUUCCUGCGUAUUAUGACCGGAGACGCAAUGAGCAAACGAGCCAAGUUCAUCCUCAUCACUUGGAUCGGCGAGAGUAUUGGUGGGUUGCAGCGUGCCAAGAUCAGCACAGACAAGGCACUGGUCAAAGAAGUUGUGCAGAACUUUGCCAAGGAGUUCAUGAUCAGCGAUCCAAAAGAACUGAAUGAGGACUACCUUCGCGAAGAGAUAAAGAAGGCAGGGGGCGCCAACUAUGAUGCCCAGACUGAGUAGAGAAGUGCAUCAUGUCAAAAGGAAGAAGGAACUGUUUUAAAAAUGGCCAUGAGAAUGGGUUCACUUGGAUUUGGUAAAUAGCAAUGACAAAAAGCACAUUCAUCAAGUUUUUUUUUUUAAAUGAUUCCCACAUAAAACGCCUUAUGCCGAGGACUUGAGAGUGUAGUAACAUCCCAAAACGUGGACUCAAACCAUGUGUUUAAUGUGUAUAUCCACCUAAGAGUAAAAGCCAAGCACUGUAACUUUCCAUCGUUUUAUAUAUAUAUAUAUAUAUAUAUAUAUAUAUAUAUAUACAAACACACACACAUAGUUUUCCAGGGGUUGAAUACACUUAAAAUUUUUCCACUGUUGUGAAAGAGCUCAAAACGGAUAUUUGUGAUACUUUUUUAAUUGCUUGUUUCAGAUUGUGUUGAUGCUUAGAUGCUCUACUUUAAAGACUGUUAAAUACCUACAAGAUACUGUACUAAUAAUGCUUAGGGCCAUUUUGGAAAAUUAUUUCACUGUGAAAAGAGGGGAACAUGCAUUUGAGUGAAGAUUCCAGCAAUAAGGCAGCACUGUGAAAUGGUUUUGAGCACAUCUGCCUCAGAAUCCGGGAAUGUGUGUUUGAAUCUGCUAAAAAAAAAUCUAUGUAUGGGGAUGAUAUGCAUUUCUGUGCUUGCCUCAGUUUUCUCCUGCUACUCUGGCUUCCUCCCACAUUCCACAAACAUGCAUGUACAAAACCUAGUGAUUAGAACAACCUGUGACCGUAUGUAUGAAAACUGGAUGAAUAAUAAGUAUGGAUGAAGAGUUUAUGAGAUAUACAGUGAGGAAAAUAAGUAUUUGUUCUUCCACUUUAAAAUUAUGGGCGAGUUUGAAAUUUUAUGGUAGGUGCUUGUCCACUGUGACAGACAAUCUUAAAAUAAAAAAAAAUCCUGAAAUCACUGUACAAUUUUUAAAAUUAUUUGUAUUCUACUGCUGCAAAUAAGUAUUUGAACAUCUCAGAAAAUGAAUUAAUAUUUGGCACUGUAGCCUUUGAUUACAAUUACAGAGGUCAAACGUUUCUGUAACUUUUCACCAGGUUUGCACAGAUUGCGACAGAGAUUUUGCACCACUGCUCCACACAGAUCUUCUCUAGAUCGAUCAGGUGUCUGGGCUACUCCUUGGUUAUUCUAGCUGUCUGCUUCGGGCCACUGCCAUGUUGGAAGACCCAGUCACGACCAAUUUUCAAUGCUCCUAACUGAGGGAAGGAGGUAAUUCCCACAAAUGUCAGAAUACAUGGUCAUCCUCUCUUUAAUACAGUCCAGUCGACCAGUCCCAUGUGCAGAAAAAAAAACAUUAAAGUAUGAUGCUACCAACCCUGUGCUUCACAGUAGUGAUGGUGUUCUUGGGAUGGUACUCA